AAUAAACAGAGGGGCGGGGAGAAAGAAAAGAGUUUUGCAGAAACUGUAAUGGCAGCAAACGCCAUCUCACCACCGCCACCACUCACAACUUCAUCUUCUUCUUCGUCAUCGAGGAACCUCUUCUUCGCCAAAAGCAAUGUUCUUUUCCCGCCACGACAAUCAAGUUCGAUUAGGGCAAGAAUUUUGAAAAAAAGCGGCAAGGGAUUUGGGGCGGCGGUGGUGAAAUGCAUGUCAUCCGCGGCUGCGCCGCCGUCACUUCUCCUUCCGAAGGCCCUCCUGUUCGACUGCGACGGUGUGUUGGUCGACACCGAGAAAGACGGUCACCGCAUUUCUUUCAACGAUACUUUUGCUGAAAAAGAGUUGGGAGUUACGUGGGAUGUCGAUUUGUACGGCGAAUUGCUCAAAAUCGGAGGAGGAAAAGAGAGGAUGACAGCUUACUUUAAUAAUGUCGGGUGGCCAGAGAACGCGCCGAAGAGCGAAGACGAACGGAAGCAAUUCAUAGCAUCGCUCCACAAGCGAAAAACGGAGUUGUUUAUGGUACUUAUCGAGAAAAAGUUGCUGCCUCUUCGACCUGGUGUUGCAAAGUUAGUUGAUCAGGCGUUGGGAAGUGGAGUCAAAGUUGCCGUGUGCAGCACCUCAAACGAGAAGGCGGUGUCGGCUGUAGUUUCUUUCUUGUUAGGACCCGAACGAGCAGAGAAGAUACAGAUAUUCGCUGGAGAUGUUGUUCCCCGUAAGAAGCCCGACCCAGCAAUUUAUCUUUUAGCUGCAGAAACACUAGGUGUCGAGCCUUCAAGUUGUGUUGUUGUGGAAGACAGUGCAAUUGGCCUAGCAGCUGCCAAAUCGGCAGGAAUGACAUGCAUCGUGACAAAAAGCGGGUACACAGGUGAUGAGGAUUUUGUAAAUGCCGAUGCGAUUUUCGACUGCAUCGGAGACCCACCGGAGGAACGGUUCGACUUGGCAUUUUGUGGAACCCUUCUUCAGAAACAAUAUGUUAGUUAAAAUACAAUUUCAUUCAUUAAAAAAAUUAAAUAAAUAAAAUUAAAAUCCAAUUCUUAUUGAGGCUUUCCUUCUUCAUACAUAAGUCAAGCUGUUAGCUUCUUCUUUUGCAUAUAGUGGCAGAAGGAGCUUUCACAUAUGAGAGAAGAUACUAUUUUUAUUUUAAAGUAAAUGCAGUAAUUGUACAUUUUUUUUUUUGUACAUUUGUACUAUUUGAUUUUGGAUACUUUAUUAAAAAGGGUAAAUUACAGCCA